AUUCGGAGAAGAACCACGAACAUAAUUUUCAGUACACUCUCUUAAAGUUGAUAAAGUGAAGAACAAAACUCUGAUUUUCUUCUUGCGUUAGCCUUAAAUUUUAAAAGCAGAAGCAAUGGAGUCAAGACAAGGAGUGAGAGAAGAAAGGGCUGCAGUGAAAGAAGAAAGGGCAGAAGCAGCAGCAAGAUUAGCAGCAGACGAACUCAGUGAUGUGAACAAAGAAAGAAGGGCUCAAGAAUAUGAACAAAAGCCCGGUGUUAUUGGUAGUAUAAUCAAAACAGUUCAAGGAACUCUUGGACAUGCUAAAGAAGCAGUCACCGGAAAAGCCCACGAAACCGCCGCUGUUACAAGCGACACCGCCGGUAUAGUGGCGGAAAAUGCAAAACAUUCAAAAGAUGUUGCUGCUGACAAAACACAACAAGCUAAAGAUAGUACAACUGGUAAAGCAGUAGAGUACAAGGAUUCUGCUGCUGAAAAGGCAAAGCAAGCAAAAGAUGCGACGAUGCAGAAAGCUAAGGAGUACAAAGAUUAUGCUGCAGAUAAAGCCAAAGAAGCGAAAGAGAGUACAACUGGUAAAGCGGUAGAGUACAAGGACUAUGCAGCGGAGAAGGCGAAACAAGCAAAGGAUACAACUAUGGAGAAAGCUAAAGAAGCAAAAGACAGUACAACUGCUAAAGCAGGAGAGUACAAGGACUAUGCAGCAGAUAAAGCGAAAGAAGCAAAAGACAGUACAACUGCUAAAGCAGGAGAGUACAAGGACUAUGCAGCGGAGAAAGCGAAAGAAGCAAAGGACACAACGAUGCAGAAGACUGAGGAAUACAAGGACUACACAGCCGAGAAAGCGAAAGAAGGCAAAGAUACCACAGUGGGCAAAUUAGCAGAGUUGAAGGAUUCUGCUGCGGACGCGGCGAGGCGCGCUAUGGAUAUGUUAACUGGAAAAAAGGAGGAGACAAAACAGAAAGCGGGGGAGACGGCUGAAGCGACGAAGCAGAAGGCGGAGGAGACGGCGGAAGUUACUAAGCAGAAGGCGGAGGAGACGGCGGAAGCAGCUAAGCAGAAGGCACAGGAUAUUAAUCAAGCUGCUAAGGAGAAAUAUCAUGAGACUGAAGAAGCAACAAGGAGGAGAAUGGAUGAAAUGAAAAUUAGUGAAGGUGGUGAUUAUGAGAAAAGGGACGAGAGUAAGGCGGCGGCUUCUGGCGGUGGUGGCACCGGUGGUGGUGGUGGUGGUAUAUUUGGUGCACUUGGGAGUGUGCGAGACGCAAUUAAAGACACAUUAGCACCAUCUAGCAUGCGUGACACUACCACUACAGAUGAGACACGUACCUCCGGCGGAUCAAAGAUGGUGAUGGACGUGGAGGAUACUCCGGCGGGGAGAACCGCCGCUACGCUGAAAGUUGCCGAUCAGCUGACCGGCCAGACAUUUAACGACGUUGGAAGAAUGGAUGUCGAAGGCAUUGCCGAGGUUGAAGCUAAGGAUGCCACAGGGAAGAAUGUUAAAGUGAAAUACUAAAAGUUGGGAUCUGAUUAAGAAUAUAUUUACUGGACAUUUUGGUAAUGUAUUUUGUGUAAUUUUCAAGUUCGUUGUGUUAUAUUUUUGUUUGUUUUACCAAGUCAAAUAUGUAUUAGUAUGAGAUUUCUGUUCGGUUUAUUUC